AUGGAUAUAGAAGAAUAUAAAUUACGCGGUAAACAAAUGAUUGACUUUAUAUGUAAUUAUUAUCAAACGAUUAACGAAAGGAGAGUUUUUCCGAGUAUAAAACCUGGAUACCUGGCUCCGUUACUCCCAAAAGAAGCCCCCAAAAAACCUGAUAAAUGGGAAGAUAUAAUGCACGAUGUAGAUACGAAAAUAAUGCCGGGAAUAACGCAUUGGAAUCAUCCGAGAUUUUUUGCUUAUUUUCCAGCGGGUAAUUCAUUUGCUAGUUUUUUAGGUGACAUGUUAAGCGAUGGCAUUGGUUGUAUUGGAUUUUCAUGGGCAUCAUCACCGGCAUGCACGGAAUUAGAAACGAUCGUUUUAGAUUGGCUAGGUAAAGCACUUAAUCUACCGGAUCAUUUGUUAUAUUUUACACCCGGAAGCAUCGGAGGUGGAGUCAUACAAGGUUCGGCAAGCGAAUGCGUAUUGGUAUGCAUGUUGGCAGCAAGAUCCGAUGCUAUAAAUUAUUUGAAAGAAAAAGGAAAAAGCGACAAAGAAGAUUCCGAAUUUUUACCGCUAUUGGUUGCUUACACGUCCAUCGAAGCACAUUCGUGCGUCGAAAAAGCAGCUAAAAUAUGUAUGGUAAAGUUAAGAAUACUAAUGGUGGAUAACGAAUCGUCUAUGAGAGGACCCAAAUUAGCAGAAGCCAUUCAAGAAGAUGUUAAAUUAGGUCUUCAUCCUUUUAUUGUCAUUGCGACGCUAGGUACGACAGCCAAUUGCGGUUUUGAUAACGUUAAAGAAAUCGGUCCGAUCGUUGCCAAAUUACCACACUGUUGGUUUCACGUCGAUGCCGCAUAUGCAGGCUCUUCUUUCAUAUGUCCCGAAUUGAGAUACCUUAAAGAAGGAUUGGAACUCGCCGAUAGUUUUAACACGAACUGUAAUAAAUUUUUAAACGUUUGUUUCGAUUGUUCUUGCUUGUGGGUUAAAGAUAGGUACAAACUCAUAAGCGCACUCACCGUCGAUCCCCUAUACCUUCAACACGAUCAAGCAAGCGUCACGAUAGAUUACAGGAAUUGGAUGAUACCAUUGUCUAGAAGGUUUCGCUCGCUGAAAUUAUGGUUCACGUUAAGGAAUUACGGUAUAGAAAAAUUACAAAAUUACAUAAGGAAUCACGUUAAAUUGGCUCAAGUUUUCGAAAAACUCGUUAACGAGGAUAACAGAUUUGAAGUUUGCAACGUUGUUAGAUUGGGUUUGGUUUGUUUUCGAUUAAAAGCCAAAGAUGAAGUCAAUCAAGAAUUAUUGGCUAGCAUUAACAGAGAGGGAACGUUACACAUGCUUCCUUCAAUAACGAAAAAUAAUUAUUGUUUAAGGUUUUGCAUCGUUUACGAACAUUCAAAAGUAACCGAUAUAGAAUAUGCGUGGAACGUGAUUAAAUUUCACGCGACUCAAGUAUUGAAACAACACGACACGAAAAUCGUGGCACCAGCCGUAAUUGAACAAAAUCAAAUAUUAUCCUAUAUUCAAUUCAUAUCACCGGAUUUAUUUGCUAAAAUGCAUGAAAAACCUAAUUUGAGAGCAGAAGAUUCACCCGUUUACGUUCCCUCUUUGAUAUUUUCCGAUUUAUCUGCUUUUAGUGCAUCGAGCGUUGAGGAUCAUCAUUAA